AUGCGAGAUGUACCAGAAUGUUUAAAUCGUCGUUACAAAGCUCUCGACGAACUAAUUAAAGAAAUAAGUACACAGAAAUAUUCCAACCACUGCUCAAGUGACGAUCCUGGCAUCAAACUUAUGUGCGAUUUUUGGAAUAUACUCAAAGAGGAUCCGAAUGUUGAUUUGACACAGGCUGUUCAACAACGUAUGGGGAUGAAUACACACAGCAAUAGUAAGUUUGGACAUCAGCAAGUAAGCUGUUAUAUGGCAGGAUGUUGUAAUAGAAAUGAAGACAAGAAACAGGAAUCUAAACCAAAACAUACAUGCGGUAGACAAAAUACGGAUAGUGCCAAAUCUAAUUCAUCGCAGCAAGCAAAUGAAUCAUUGCCACUGAAUAAUGUGCUUUGCAAUUUGAAAGAGGUUGCAUCAUUCGAGAAAAAAUGCCAUGUGAAAGUGCACGAUUUAUUAGAAAGACAGAAGCAGUUGCAACAACAAAUUCAAGUGUUGGAAGAACGGGAAAAAGAUAGUGUUCAAAAGCUUAAAGAAGCGGACUGUAUGUGGUCGUGUAUGGAAGAGAGAUAUAAGAAGAAAAUAGCGGAAUCUAUGGAAAGGCAGAAAAACUUGCUAAAACAGCUUAAAGAAGCAGAAGCUAGCAGUAUAAAAUGGCGGAAGAACAAAAAAGAUUUAGAUUUCCAAAUGGAUCAUAUAUCUAAAUGUCAUCAAGAAAUAAAACAGAAAAUAAACGAAAAACAGAGUGAUAUUAAAUGUAUUGAUAUGGAGAUUAGUAACUUUAAAACUCACAUCGAAAGUAAUAAGAAAGAUGUCGAAGUUUCUAAGAAAUCGCUCGACAAUAAAAAAAAAGCUUCAGAUAGAGAAGCUUUACUUUUGGAAGUUGAUUUACUAAAAGAAUCAGCCGAUCAAUGCAAAGAUAAAUGUAAACACAAAGAAGACAAUAUAAAAGAUGAAAUAAAAGCUCUAGAUAAAGAGAUAGCUGCAAACAAAGUUAAAUGUAUACAAUGUCACGAAUGCACCGAUACAGUGGAUAUUAGAAAAUUUUGUACAGACUGUCCAAGAUGUAUUUCGGAGAGAGAUUGUUUGUAUGAAAAUAAUAAAUGUAUUCCCGAUUAUUCCUUAGAUUGUGUAUGUACGUCUGUCAAACAGAAGUUUUUAGAUAAUGUGUUUGAUAAUAUGUACUCGAUAUUGGAAAGGCAAAUCAAAACGGGGCCAGGCAAAGCUGUCGCUGAGGCCGUAUUGAAUUGCCUAAAGAAAAGUAGGAACGGUAAAAUCAAUUGUGAGACAAAGAAGAUUUUGCAAGACUUCAUAUUGACGACGAUUAAGAAAAAUUUGAGGUUGACGGUCAUUGGUGGUGCUUUAAAGACUAGAUGUGAGAUGGAUAAGGAAACCUACGAGCAACUGAUGCUUUGUCUGAAACAAGUUAAAGUGAAUAAACCGGUGAAGGCCGACCAAGGAACUGAUACUAAAAAGGAGCCAUGUCAGCGUUGGGGCGGCACGAGCGAGUGUAACUGUCCAAACGGACCAAAGCAAUGCGUCUGUACUAACAAAGCUUUGCCGCUAAUAAAAGAACCUACGAGUGGUCCGCCUGAGAAAUAUAAGGAAGAUACGGGUGAAGUGGUGUCGUGCCCGCACAAGGAGUCGACGGCGUUCGGCGUCGACUGCGCCAUGAGAACGCCCAGCGCGGUCGGGUUUGAAGUCGCGCAAUGGCGGCCAGACCCUUGCCAGGAGCCAACUUGCCAAUUUAAAAACAUGCGAGCAGUGCAAUGUGUUCUCGGACCUGAAGCUACUUCUCCUUUAUUAGGAACUAAAAUACUUGGAGAUCAGAAUACUACAUGCAAAUGUGGCUCCUACGAGACAGAAACAUGUGUUUGUAAGAAAGAUAUUAGAAAACUACCACGUGAUAGAAUGAUAGAAGAAGUCAUGGAUGCAAAAUAUGUGAAAGCAGGAUUAGAUAAAACUUGUGAUAAAAAUACGUGCACUUCAGUUUUUGAUCAAAAAACUUCUGUAUCCCUUAUAGAAGAAAGUAAGCCUACUUUAAUAAAAGAAACACCUAAUGUUGAUAAGAAAAUAGAUCAUUCACCUCAAAAACAUCACAAACAACAUAAAAUAUCGAAAAAUAUUGAUUCUAAUGCAGAUGACGAACAGCCAACCAAAAUUUAUCUUAAAGAUAAAAUUGUUUCAACAAAAGAGAUAGUGGAAGAGGUAGAAUCGUUAUCAAAACUAACGAAAGUAUCACCAAAAGUGACGAAAUCAUCGUCAGAAGAUAUGUCUAUGGAUAUUUCAAAUAAAGAGGAUAGUUCAUGUAAAAGAUAUUGUCGUAAAAAUAAAAGAUUAUCAUGUAGCAGUUUAACAAAAUUCCUUCUAAAAACUUCCAAACAAAUAGAAAGUACGUGUAAGAAGAACACACACCAAAAAACCGGAAAAAUUUACAAGGUCAAGGUGUUGGGCAUUAAUAAUAAUAGGGAGCCAUUGUUCGCAUUAAAGGAAGAGAAUUCGGGACAAUAUAAAGUUUUAUUGGAUAAAGAGCAUGAAAAAUAUCAAAAAGAAAUGAUAAAAAGUUAUGAAGGAAACAAUUGUAAGGAAUUUGCUAACCUUAUGGAAACUACAUCAGGACAUUUUACACUUGAUUUAAAUGGAAAGAAAGAAGAUGCAGGCAAAGACGCACUUAUAGUAAGGUCAGAAUCUGGCAGCCUACAAGUAUUCACGGAUAAAUCUAAAAUCGCCAUUUCACUCGAAAGAGACUCAGUCAAAUCUAAGUCUGUAAUAUCUGCUCAUGGAUUAAAACGUCUCUUGAAAAAACUGCCUACAAGAAAAAGCAUAUACAGCAAUAAAAGUUCAAACAGAUUACAAAUGAUAAGUAUAAAAUCAAAUAGUGAUUCGAGUUUGUAUGAAAAAGUUAAGUUUAACAUUCACAAUCAUCAUAAUUUACUGAUAGAUCCCUCAGUCAUUCUCAGGAAGAUGUGUUCUGGUGAAUAUACUCUAGUACUAAGCAAAGAGUCGAAAAAAGCUUUCAUAAAUAACGUGAAACAUUAUGUGAGCAGUUCUUCCAAGGGGCAAAUGCCUAUAAGAGUAACCGCCUCCGGUGUUAUAAUUGUUGAUGUAAACACUAUAAGGAAUAAUAAAAAACAUUACGGCUCUUUAAAAAUUACGCCUUCUGGCAACAUAUUUGUUUCUUUAAAUGACGAUUCGGUUAAAGUGCUAUCAAAAGAAACCGUUUUGGACAAAGUUGAUCCUUGUAGCUGUAAAGCAAUAUCGACUACAUGUAACGCUCAAUUCGAAGAUGGCUCCUGUGAUAAAAGUAAAUGUGUGUGUAAAAAUAUUUGCUACAAAUCAAAGAAAUGGUUUUAUGAACAUACGGCUACGAAAUCUUCUAUCACGACGAAAUGUGGUGUAGACAAAAGAAUCGAUAAUAUUUUUGAUUGUUUUAACAUAUGCGAUUCUAUUGAAAGUGAAUGUUUAUUCAGAGAUCAUAAUGAAAGGAAGUUAUUACAUGAAGACAUAAACAAUUAUAGCCGUGAAACGAAAUUAGAACAUGAUUUUGAUGAUUGCUAUCACGUUAGUGAAGCAGUUUGCCCAUAUCACGACGAAUAUGAAAAUAUGGCGCAUGAAUCAAAAAUUCAUAUUACAUUUAAAGAUUCUGAAUUAAUAAAAACACCAAUAAAAGAGGGAUAUACAAAAGAAAACAUACGUCACGAUUGGAAUUCCUUAAAAUAUCUUCCACCCCAACUGCCUCAGUUCCUAAAGGAUUUUACUUACUCA